AUGUGUGAAGGCCACGGCGAGGAUCCUUUGCUGGACUCCCCAAAGCAGACAUCCCACAAGAGAAACCUGAGUUGUGGCACCCAACAAGGAUCACCAAAGAGACGGUCAAACCGAGUAUCAUCAGCCUAUCUCCCAGAAUUGUCCUCUCCGGAGCCAGUUCCGGCUGUCAAAACCGAGCUUGAUAAGGAAGAGGAGACAAAGCUGAAGGCAAAGAGCGUUAAGAAAGAACCUGUGGCUAAACCGCCAGCGAAGCCUGCUAAGAAGGGUAAGAAGACUAAGGAAGAAAAGGAAUCCGAAGCAAUGCCCUUAGCACCCAGGACACAAGGUUUGAAGAUGUUUGUUGGAGCGCACGUCAGUGCUGCAGCUGGUGUUUUCAAUUCCAUUCACAACAGUGAAAAGAUUGGAGGGAAUGCAUUUGCGCUUUUCCUAAAAUCACAAAGGAAAUGGGACAACCCACCUUUAUUGGACGAACACCGCGAUAAGUUCCACAAGUUAUCCAUCGAGAAAGGCUAUGAUGUGGCGAAACAUGUCCUACCACACGGCUCAUAUCUUGUCAAUCUGGCCCAGGACGACAAAUCAAAGUCUGAUCAAGCUUAUAAAUCGUUCAUCGAUGACCUUCGUCGAUGUGAAGCUUUAGGCAUCAAGCUCUAUAACUUCCACCCCGGAAGUUCCAAUGGAACUCCUCUUCCCGAAGCACUUGGCCGCUUGGCCAAAAACCUCACAAAAGCAAUUGAAGAGACCUCCACUGUUAUCCCAGUUCUGGAGACAAUGUGCGGCCACGGCACCACAAUCGGUGGCUAUCUAGCCGAGUUUCGCGAUCUCCUUGCCCUAAUCCCGAAAGAGCACCAUGAUCGCAUUGGAAUUUGCAUAGACACUUGUCAUAGUUUUGCAGCAGGUUAUGACCUUGUCUCACCGGAAGGCUUCAAGGCCUUCCUGACUGAGUUCGACGAACUCAUUGGUAUCAAGUUCCUGCGCGCAUUGCAUCUAAAUGACUCCAAAGCUCCAUUUGGAAGCAAACGCGAUCUACACGCUAAUAUUGGCACUGGAUUCCUCGGACUCCGUGCUUUCCACAAUGUCAUGAAUGAGCCUCUUUUCGAGGGGCUGCCCAUGGUACUGGAAACUCCAAUCGAUAGACCCGCAAACGAGAUUAAGGAUGAAGGUGACGAGCCAUCGAGGAAAAAGGCUAAGAAGGCUAGUGCGUCGGCCCUAGUUGCUGAUCCUACCGUCUGGGCGAGAGAGAUCAAGCUGUUGGAGUCUCUUAUUGGAAUGGAUGCUGAGGGCGAAGAGUUCCGCGCUCUUGAGGCUAAGCUCUCGGAAGAAGGACGCUCUGAGCGAGAAAAGAAUCAGCAACAGUAUAGUAAGAAGCUUGAGACUGAGAAGAAAAAGGGGGCGAAAGCGAAGGAGAAGGGCCAGAAAAGUCUUGCGGAUAUGAUGAAGGGUGGUAAAAAGUAA